AUGAAUGACAAAUUAUUUCAUUAUACAAAGUUACAAGUACAUUUUGGAGGUGAUACUCAAGAAGUGGUCUUGAAAACUGAGAAAGAACCAACAUCAGAUGAUUUAUCGAAAUCAUUACAACAUAAUUUUCGUGUUCCAAUUGAUGAACAACGAAUCUAUUAUCGUGGUCAACGAGUCCACAAUGAUCCCACUAUUUUAUUAAGUAAAUAUGGAUUAUUUACUGGAAAUACAAUUAAAUUAAUUGGAAACCGUGGUCUAACCUGA